AUAAAAUGAGUCGAAAUAUUAUUAUAGUGGCAUCUUCUUCUUUUUCUUUACCUGUCAUGUUCAUGACCAUCUUAUUCUUUGUCCAUGAAGUAAUCAGCUUUCCUCACAACAAUAGCAAUCCUCCAGAUCUCAUCAACAAAACCUGCGAGCGAUGCGCAAACAAAUCAACAACCUUAAACAUCAACUUCUGUCAAACCUCCCUCCAAACAAUCCCAAUCAGCCACCUUACUAAUCUACACGGCCUGGGCAUCGUGGCCAUGGAACUGACCAUAAAAAAUGCAACCUCGACUGUUUCCACGAUCGAAAACAUGCUGAUUGAAAAAGAUAUUGAUCUGGACGUAUUUGCAGUAGCACGACUCGGAGACUGCCUUCAGCUCUACAGAGAAGGCGUGACCAUGAUGUUGGAUGCCAUUGGAGCCUUCUAUUCUCAGCGAUACAGAGUUGCAAACCUGCUAAUGACUGCAGCCAUGGACGGUGCAUCGACCUGCGAUGAUGGGUUUGGGGGAGGAGGAGAGUCCCCUCUGUCGAAGCAGUACUACGACCUCAUUCAGCUCAGUGACGUUGCCUUAUGCAUCAUCCGACUGGCUUCUUUGGUGUCGUCAAACAAUUAGUACCUAGUUUAUACAAAUGCAGAAUUUGUAAUUUUAUUAAGUUUUUUUAUAACUCCCUAGUUAAAAUUGCUAUAUAUAAAUAAAACAAA